AUGGCAGAGAUGAUCAAUGACCCUACUAUCCUAAAAAGAGUCGUUGCGGAGCUGGACGAAGAAGUGGGUCACAACCGUCUGGUAGAAGAGAGAGACCUUCCUCAACUUAAUUACAUUAAAGCGUGCAUCAAGGAGGCCUUCAUGCUACAUCCUUUCCCACCUUUCAAUAUUCCCCAUGUUUCGAUGAGGAAUACCACAGUUGCUGGUUACUUCAUACCCAAGGGUAGCCACGUCUUGCUUAGUCGUCCUGGGCUGGGACGAAAUCCAAAUGUAUGGAGAGAUCCAAUGUGGUUUGACCCAGAUCGACAUCUUGAUGCAAAAGGAAAGCAAGUGGUUCUUUCAGAUAAUGACCUGAGAAUGCUUUCGUUUAGCACUGGGAGACUAGACUGUCCAGGAGUGGCAUUGGGUUCAACAAUAACUACAAUGAUGUUGGCUAGAAUGGUUCAAGGGUUCAGCUGGGAGUUGCCACAAAAUGAGUCGGGUGUUAAUCUUGUUGAAAAUCAUGACGACCUUGCCUUGGCUGAGCCACUUGUUGUCAUUGCGAAACCACGACUACCUCACCAUCUCUACCCAAAAAGUUGA